GGGAGGUGACUGAAGAGAAGGGGUGAAGGGUGGUUCAAAGGUUCAUCUUGUCGCCACCAUCCUGCGGGCCCGCGGAAGUGAAGCAAUCGGGAGGCGGGCCUAGGACCGGAAGCAGGAAGGAGGGCACAGGAAGCAGGGCCCCACCGCCAGGCGUAUUCUGGAUCCGCGAGUCUGUCGGUGCCCAGUGCAGGAUGGAGAAGCUGCGGCUCUUAGGCCUCCGCUACCAGGAGUACGUGACCCGUCACCCGGCCGCCACGGCCCAACUGGAGACGGCGGUGCGGGGCCUCAGUUACCUGCUGGCAGGUCGCUUCUCCGAUUCGCACGAGUUGUCAGAGCUGGUGUACUCUGCCUCUAACCUGCUUGUCCUGCUCAACGAUGGGAUCCUACGGAAAGAGCUUCGGAAAAAGUUGCCUGUGUCGCUGUCCCAGCAGAAGCUGCUGACGUGGCUGAGCGUACUGGAGUGCGUGGAAGUGUUCAUGGAGAUGGGGGCCGCCAAGGUGUGGGGCGAAGUGGGCCGUUGGCUGGUCAUUGCCCUCAUCCAGUUGGCCAAGGCUGUCCUUCGGAUGUUCCUGCUGAUGUGGUUCAAGGCUGGCCUCCAGACCUCACCCCCCAUUGUUCCACUGGACAGGGAGACCCAGGCACAGCCCCCGGAUGACAACCAUGGCCCGGGCAGCCAGGAGCAGUCCUAUGUGGGGAAGCGGUCAAACCGAGUGGUGCGAACCCUCCAGAACACUCCGUCUCUGCACUCGAGGCACUGGGGAGCCCCCCAGCAGCGGGAGGGACGGCAGAAGAAGCGGCAGCAGGAGCUGAAUGUCCCCCCAACACCCUUGGGGCUCCAGGAGACCAUUGCAGAGUCCUUGUAUAUCACCCGGCCCCUGCUGCACUUGCUUAGCCUGGGCGUGUGGGGACAGAGGUCAUGGACACCCUGGCUGCUGUCUGGUGUUGUGGAUGUGACUAGCCUGAGCCUCCUGAGUGACAGGAAGGGCCUGACCCGGAGGGAGAGGCUGGAGCUGCGACGCAGGACCAUCGCGCUGCUCUACUACCUGCUGCGCUCCCCGUUCUACGACCGCUUCUCGGAGGCCAAGAUCCGCUUCCUGCUCCAGCUGCUGGCAGACCACAUCCCCGGGGUUGGCCUUGUGGCAAGACCACUCAUGGAUUACUUACCUAACUGGCAGAAGAUUUAUUUCUACAGUUGGGGCUGACAGACAUCCAGGGAGUGGGGUGCUGGGGGGACAGGAUGGCAUGCUCGACUGCUCCUGGCAGGGCUUGCUUCCGCCUUGCAGUCUCCCGGGCCCCUCUUCCUUAAUAAAACUGACUCUGGCAGUG